AAGAAUUUCGGUAUGUACUAUCCGAUUAAGCAAGCCGUAGAUCUUGAACUAGGACAGGAUCCGGACAAGAAUUCCUUCCUCUACAAAAACCCCCCACCACCCUCCGUUUUCUUCCCUUGUUUUCCCAUCGACUCUCUCUCUCUCUCUCUCUCUCUCUCUCUCUCUCUCUCUCUCUGUGAAGAACAAGCCAGAGUCACCCCCAAAAUGCCAACAAACCUAGAGCUCCCAGAUUGCCACCUCCUGAAACCACCCAUACUGAUCACCCCAAGCAGCCCAACACCCCACCACGCGCUCUCCCUGUCCAACCUUGAUGACCAGAAGUUCCUCAGGUUCUCCAUCAAAUAUCUCUACCUCUUCAGGAAAUCCGUGCCCUCGGAAUCCCUGAAAGCUUCGCUUGCCAAGGCCCUGGUGGAUUACUAUCCAUUGGCCGGGAGAUUGAGGAGCGCCGGGAAUACGGACAGCUGCAGCGGUGGCGAUGAUGAUCAGAGGCUCGAGGUGGAUUGCAACGGAGAAGGUGCUGUGUUCGCCGAGGCUUCCAUGGACAUCACUGUGGAGGAGUUCCUUGGGCUCUCAUGCUGGCCCAACAGGUCCUGGAGGAAGCUGCUGUACAAGGUGGAGGCUCACAGCUUCCUCGGUGUCCCUCCCCUCGUAGUUCAGGUCACCAAUCUCCGCUGCGGAGGCAUGAUCCUGUGCACCGCGAUCAGCCACUGCCUCUGCGACGGCAUCGGCACGUCCCAGUUCCUCCACGCGUGGGCCCACCUCAGCGCCACGCCCAGCGCCCCUCUCCCCGUCCUGCCCUUCCACUGCCGCCACGUGUUGCGGCCUCAGUCGCCGGUCCACGCGAACCCCGCGCACCCCGCGUACACCCGAUCCGCCCCCUCGCGGAAUGACAAGACCGCCGCCCUCCCCGCCGACGUCCACCGCUACCUCCAAUCCCAGCCGCUGGUACCCGUGAGCGUCACCUUCACCACGUCCCUCAUCCUCCGCCUCAAGCGGCGGUGCGUGCCGUCCCUCAAGUGCACCACCUUCGAGGCCCUCGCCGCCCACACGUGGCGGUCCUGGGCCAGGUCCCUCGCCGACCAUUCCUCCUCCUCCUCCUCCCCCUUGACGCCGCUCCACGCCGUCAAGCUCCUGUUCUCCGUCAACGUCCGGGACCGGCUCGACCCGAAGCUGCCGCGCGGCUACUACGGGAACGGGUUCGUGCUCGGGUGCGCUCCGGCCGCCGUGAGGGACCUCGUCGGGAACAACCUGGCCAGUGCGGUGAAGCUGGUGCAGGCGGCCAAGUCGCGCGUCGACGGGGACUACGCGAGGUCGACGGUGGAGACGCUGGAGGACAAGGCGGCGAGGACGGACCUGAGCGCCAGCCUGGUGAUAUCGCAGUGGUCGAACCUGGGGCUCGAGGAUGUUGACUUCGGGGAGGGCAAGGCGGCGUUCAUGGGGCCGUUGACCAGCGACGUGUACUGCCUGUUCCUGCCGGUCGCCGAGGAGCCUCACGCGGUGCGGGUGCUGGUGUCGAUGCCGGAGUGCGUGGCGGAGAAGUUUGAGUUUCACAUGAAGGGUUUUGUGGAGAGAGAGGAGAAGAAUGGGAAUGGGAAUGCGUAUGGCGGGGAAGGAGAUGGAUUGUGUUGUGAGGACGUGUGAAUAUGUUCAUGCAUAUGCAUGCUCUCUCUCUUGUGUACGUACGAUGUUGAUCGAGUUUCUUAAUGAAAAGCCCACAGAAGAUCGACACAGAUGUUCUAAUAGAAUGAUAAUCACCAUAAACCCUACAA